AUGAGGACUGCAGGGCGAGCCUUGAGCCCCAACUCCCGGCCAGAGAAGCGCCAUCACACCAGGAAGAAUGAAGAGGCCACUCCGGGCUCGCUGAUGCCCAGGGCGGGGAGGGAGGGCGACAGGAGGGGCCCCCCCUCCAUCCUGAGGCGGAGCAGGCCGGGGUGCGGCAGCCACGGGGCCGAGCCACAGAGGACCUCGAGGCGUGUGCGGUUCCAGGAACCCCUGGAGGUGACCGUCCACUACAUCGCCCGCAGGGAGCCCACCACCACCACCACCACCACCAGGGCGCCCAGCUGGCCCGGGCCCCGAGGCGGCUCCCUGCUCCUGCAGCUGUCCGUGUGCAUCCUGCUACUGCUCGUGCUGGGCCUGGUCUACGGCCGAGCCAAGCCCGUGGCGCUGGCCCUUGAGGACCUCCGGGCCCGGCUCCUGGUGCUCGCCCUGCGCCUGAGGCAUACGGCCCUCACCUGCUGGCGGGGCCUCCUGCAGCGCUGA